AUGAGCUCGCUGGCAACACACCGACUUUUGGCCGAGCUACCUAGCGUCUCGGCUGCUCGCUUCUUGCCGCCUUCCUCCAAAGAGGCAGGCGAAGAGCUUCUCAGUGCGUCCUAUUACGAUGAGACAUCACGGUGAAGAGCUGUACCUCUUCGUGACUGAUCACAACAAGACUGUCUCGCCUCCCCUUCGACUUGAUCAUCACAUGCAGGUGUUCAGCUCGAUUUGUCCGUUCGCUCCCACGCGACACUCUCGCGCAACAAUCUCCAGGCAAGCCUCGUCGUCUCGGCCAAGCAAGGCAAUGUCUUGCACAGCAGCACAGUAAACGUGGACUCGACCAUCAAGGCUACUCUGCACGCUGCCUCUGCGAGCGGAAGAAGGGUCGUGCUUCGUGAGAGGUCGGAUGCGGAUGCCGGGGCAAAACAUGCGGGCGGGCGCGGCAAGAAGAGCGUUGAGCUGUGGCAAGGAGCGACGCUGCUUCGCGAGGUGCACGUAAACGACGUUCAUGGAUCUUUCUGCAUCGGAGGUGAGCGAAAGGGGGAAAGGUGGGCGACUCUGCGCGCUCACCCGCAAGGAGCCCCCCGGUCCGCGCUUUGCAUGCAGCUGCUGACUGCGAGGGCAUCGACUUUGCACGUGCUCAGAACCCUACGGGAGCUCGUCCCUGUGCCCUUUGACUGAGGACGCCGCUCUGUACGUCGCCGAUGCCAAAGCGGCGGAUAAGCCCGACCCUUUCCCCGCUUAUGAUGCGAGGUCGGGGUCAAAUGAGACUCGCACCGAGGAUCGACUGAAAGCUUUCUGGUACGAAGAACCUUUGGGUGAGAAAAGUGGGAGCGUCCUCCGCCCUCGCGUGUUUCUCGUGCGUUUCAACACAAAGACUGCUGCGCAAGUGUCUGCCCAGCCAGAAAUUUCACAGCUCGACCUUUCGCGCCUAACCGAGGCACUUGGCAGAGGUGCAGGCGAGGUGCCGCACGCCCAGCCAGCUUUCAGUACGGACGACUCAGGACAUGCUGCAGUGGUUGCGCACGUCUACCUGGGCAUCCAAGAUGGACGUCAGCUGGGCAUCAUCUACUGCACCAACCGGCCAUCCAUCCUGAUCCGAGUUGCUGUCCCAUCCGCCCCCAGGGAUGACGCGAAGGACACUACGUCUGAGCGCAAGCCUGCUGCGCCCGUCAAGACGGCUUGGAUCCCGAAUGGAGCAGAGUGUUUGAGCGCGGUGAUCGGAGCCUCUACGCGAAGUGUGCGCGUGCCGGAUGCCGGGAAGUCCGAAGUGGUAUACCUUCAAUCGCCUGAAGGUGGUCCGCACAGCGACGAGUCUCAGCUACGAUGCAAGUUGCAAAAUGCAGAUCAAGUCGUCAAUUUAGCACCAGAGGAUGGGGAUGCGGGUGCAUUCCCAGGUCUUUUUGCGGGCUCUUUGCCUGCGUCCUGCUUUCUAUCCUUGGAUGGCACAGGCAAGCCGACGCAUCUAAUCAGCAACACGCUGUGGGGGAGCAAAUCGACUUCGCUCGUGGUGCCAAUCUCAGGCAGCGGGCCAGCAAACAUUCUCAGGCCGAUUCUUGCGAACGAACAGGCUGGCGAGCUGCCGUACAGCUACAACGCGCUGGCGACGAACGGCCAGCGCCACGCGCUAAUCUCUCGUUCGUGUCAGAGUACGCCGCUGCAAGUGUUUCUAGUAGAAUUAGGCAGCGAUGCAAGCCCCAAGAAUUCUCUGUUGAUCUGGAAGGCGGUGGAUGGUGUGGCAGAUCACCCUAGUAAGUGCAGCGAGCGAAGCACGAAACCUCCUUUUGGGCACUCUGAUGCCGAUAAGAUUCUGUAUGCCCCAAAGCUGUCAAGAAACUCUCCGAAAUUCGUGCUUUGGUGGCCACUAUUCCUGGGACCGAACAAAGGGCCCUCAAAAAUCCUAUACCCAUAGAAGCCGUACUAUGGAGCGCGGCCACGGCUGGUUCGGUUGAUGCAGCACGGCCGUGUCUCAUUGUAAGUUCGGAGAGAUCUGUGUCACAGCCCAGCCUCUGAAAGCUCCUUUCUAUAUGCGUAGUAUCCCCACGGAGGACCUCACUCGGCACUCACCACCGACUUUGCGCCCAAUAUCGCGGCCAUGUGUUUGGAAGGCUACAACAUCAUCGCUCCAAAUUACCAUGGCUCCCUAGGCAGAGGAUCAGAGUUUGUGAGGGCUUUGGUAGGCAAGUGCGGGGAUCUCGAUGUGCGAGACUGCGUUGCUACGGCCGAGUGGGCCAUCUCGAAAGGUCUAGCCCAGCGGGACAAGCUGCUGGUGAUAGGUGGAUCCCACGGAGGGUUCCUAUCUGCUCAUCUGAUCGGUCAACAUCCCGACUUGUUCAAAGCAGCGGUGAUGAGGAAUCCAGUCAUCGACGUGGGCGCUAUGAUCUCCACGACGGACAUUCCAGAUUGGUGCUUUGCAGAAUUCGGUCUGUCCUUUCCUCUUCAUAGUUCGCAAGGCUCGACACCCGUCACUUUGUUGCCCGAGCAAGCUCAGCGCUUGUAUGAUGCUUCUCCCAUCAAGUACGUCGACCAGGUCAAAGCGCCUGUCUUGCUCCAGCUAGGCCUCAGCGAUCGGCGAGUACCUCCUCAGCAGGCCAAGACUUUCUACCACGCCCUCAAGGGCACAGGUCGUCACGUUCAAAUGAUUGCCUUCCCGGAUGCGGAUCACGCCCUCGACACAAUCGAGGCGGAGAGCAUUUGCCACGAAGCUUCCCUCGCCUUCUUUCGCGAUGCUUUGAAACAAUAG